UUAGAAAUUUAUAAUUCCCUCUGGAAGUAUUGGGGAAAUCCGAAUAAUGCAGGUCUUUUGGCAACAUUAUUGGACCUGAGGCUUAAGAAAAUGCACCCUUGGUCUAACUAUAUACGAGAAAGAACUAUCAGGUUAUGCUAUGAAGAACUUGAUAUUAUUGCCAAUGAUAGACCUUUAUCUACUGCUUCUUCUCCAGCUACCACAUCAUCAACCAACUGA